AUGUUCACCUUCACGCCUCUACAGGGUGCGCGAUCCGAGUCGUCUGCAGUGCAGUCCAUCUUGGAGCUUGAUGGUGGCAUCAAAGUUCUCAUUGAUGUCGGUUGGGACGAGAGUUUUGAUGUUGAAAAGCUGAAGGAGCUGGAGAAGCAAAUUCCGACCUUGUCCCUUGUCCUCCUCACCCAUGCGACAAUAUCACACCUUGGUGCCUAUGCACAUUGCUGCAAGCACCUCCCCCUUUUUACACGCAUUCCAGUCUAUGCGACAACUCCUGUCAUAGCCCUAGGUCGAACCUCACUGCAGGAGCUUUAUGCGUCGACACCCCUUGCCGCAACUACGAUACCCAAAAGCUCCCUCAAUGAGCUCUCCCAAGCCACGUCCGCCGAGUCGAAUAUCCUACUUCAACCUCCAACACACGAAGAAAUUGCCACAUAUUUCUCCCUCAUUCACCCCCUGAAAUACUCUCAACCACACCAGCCGCUGAGCUCGCCGUUUUCUCCGCCACUAAAUGGUCUAACCAUCACAGCCCAUAAUUCUGGCAGUACACUCGGUGGGACGAUGUGGCAUAUCCAGCAUGGCUUAGAAUCUAUCGUAUAUGCAGUGGACUGGAACCAGGGCCGUGAGAAUGUGUACGCAGGCGCGGCUUGGCUGGGAGGAGCAGGUGGAGGUGGUGCUGAAGUUAUUGAGCAACUGAGGAAACCAACCGCCUUGAUAUGCAGUAGUAAGGGGGCAAGAAAACCUCCGCUCGCCAAAGCUAAGAGGGACGAACCACUUCUGGAAACAGUACAAGCCUGCGUCGCCAACGGAGGCGUGGUGCUUAUACCUGUGGACUCAAGUGCUCGUGUUUUGGAGUUGGCCUAUCUUAUGGAACAUGCCUGGCGUCAAGACGCAGCAAGUAAAGGCAGCCUCCAUGCUUCUAAACUCUACCUUGCAGGUCGCAGCAUCCACAGCACCAUGAGAUACGCUCGAAGUAUGCUCGAAUGGAUGGACGAGCGUAUUGUGCAGGAAUUCGAGGACGUCGCAGAUUUAUCCAAACGGGGCAAUGGUGUCACUGAUGGUACCGCCCAGGGAAAGCAAGGAGGCCCGUUUGACUUUAAGUUCCUCAAGUUGCUGGAUAGGAAAGGCCAGAUUGACAAGGUGCUCGCUCCUAACAGUGAUGGAAGUACUUCCGGGGGUAAAGUCAUCUUGGCUAGCGACUCAAGUCUCGAAUGGGGUUUCUCAAAAGACGUCUUCACAGUACUUGUGCAAGAUCCGAAAAACUUGCUCAUUCUGACCGGGCUUCCUGCUCCGCCUUCGGAUGGCAAUUCUGCGCUGGCCAGCACCUUCUACCGAUGGUGGAGAGAUGCCGUAGUCGAAAAGGAGAAGCAAGGGGCCGAGGCAACUAGAACGGGGAUUGGAGCCGACGGUGUCCUCGUACAAGUGGCAGGCAGAGGCCGGGAAGCAGAGGUCCGGAAUGUGCAGAAGCUGCCUCUCGAAGGCGAUGAUCUACGAGUCUACCGACUAUGGCUUGCUCAGCAACGUCAGUUGCAGGACACCCUUCAAACCGGUGGAGCCACGGCGCUAGAGUCAUCCCUGGAUGUGGACGACGUGUCUUCGGAGUCUUCGAGUGACUCGGACGACUCUGAAACGCACCAGCAGGGAAAAGCACUGAAUGUCUCGACUACAUUGGGACGCACAACGAGAAAGAAGACAGCUUUGGCUGACGAGGAUCUUGGGCCCAACAUACUACUCAAAAAGAAGGCAGUCUACGACUACGAUGUUAGAGGCAAGAGUGGUCGCGAUGCCAUGUUCCCACACCCGGUCCAGAGGAGGCGGGCAGAUGACUACGGCGAGUUCAUUCGAGUGGAAGACUUCGUGAAGGCAGAAGAGCGUCAAGAUGACGGCCAAAAUGGAGAUCAGGCUGGCAAGGGCGAUGUGCAAGCCAAUAUCGGACGGAAGAGGAAGUGGACCGAUUCGGCCCCUAACAAAGGCCAGGGGUCGUCUGACAAGAGACCGAGACUGGAACGUAAUGCCUCGGCCGAAUACGAGACUGCUAUCGUCGACGGUCCUCCCCAAAACGAGCUCGAUGACGUCCCAGACGAUGAGGAGGAGCUUGUGACCGGACCAUACAAACUCGCCAUCACGAGGGAAAAUGUCUCAAUCAACUUCAACAUCGCCUUUAUCGACUUCAGCGGCAUACAUGAUAAGAGAAGUCUUCACAUGUUGAUCCCGCUCAUACAACCUCGCAAAUUGAUCUUGACAGGCGGCAAUCCAGAGGAGACCGACGAACUGGCAGCUGACUUGCCCCAACUGCUUCAAAACAUCGACAUCCAUAAGCCCGACAUGGGAUCGUCCGUGGAUGCGUCAGCAGACACCAAUGCAUAUACCAUCAAAAUCGCCCCUACGCUUUACAAGGGCCUCAAGUGGCAAAGCGUUGGCAACGUCAAGAUUGCCACAAUCUUUGGUCGCCUAGAGCCAGGUUCCGAUGGCACCCCGAUCCUAGACAUCGCAACCGUCAUCGCUACCGGCAUGACGGCGGGGCAUCACUCGGUGAAACCAUUCCAUGUUGGCGAGCUUCGACUUGCUAAUCUCAGGAAGGAUCUCAGAGACAUCGGGUACUCGACUGAGUUUAUGGGUGAGGGUACGCUCUUGGUCCAGAACUCUGUGAUCGUGCGCAAGGCUGCUACGUCUGGACGUAUAGAGGUUGAGUCAUCUGGGUGGGAUACUAGCACUGUGCAGACGGUCCGGAAGAUGAUAUACGACAAGUUGGCCGUAGUGGGAUAG